UGAGUUACCAACAGAUAAACAGACACGAUGGUAAAUCAAAUGUUGAUAGUUCUCUGCCUGGUGGUUGGCUAUGUCAGCUCAGCCGCAAUGAAAAAAGGGGGACAAAACGAGCCCCACAGCUGGUACGAUGCUAAAGGCCGCGAAUGGUACGACAACAGUGAGCCCCACAGCUGGUACGAUGCUAAAGGCCACGAAUGGUACGACAACAGUGAGCCCCACAGCUGGUACGAUGCUAAAGGCCACGAAUGGUACGACAACAGUGAGCCCCACAGCUGGUACGAUGCUAAAGGCCACGAAUGGUACGACAACAGUGAGCCCCACAGCUGGUACGAUGCUAAAGGCCACGAAUGGUACGACAACAGUGAGCCCCACAGCUGGUACGAUGCUAAAGGCCACGAAUGGUACGACAACAGUGAGCCCCACAGCUGGUACGAUGCUAAAGGCCACGAAUGGUACGACAACAGUGAGCCCCACAGCUGGUACGAUGCUAAAGGCCACGAAUGGUACGACAACAGUGAGCCCCACAGCUGGUACGAUAAUCAGAUGAAAAAUCAAGACGAGCAACAGCCGGAUGAAAUUGCAGAGGAAAGUAGCGAAAGCAGUCUCCCGGUUAAUGAUUUCAUGAUGGUUCGAUGCAAGGGGUGCAUCAAGGGACAACUAAAGCAAAGCAAGUAAGCUCCGUGUUGAAUUGCUGGAAACAACCAUAGACAACGACCACAGCCUCUUUUACACAUUACUUCGUAAUCAGAGUUGCAUUU